AUGCCUCGACCCACGCUCGGACCCAUUGUGGGAGUUGUGACACCGACCUCUGCUCGGGUUCUCUUUGAGUUUCCUGCUGCCACUCCGGCUCGUGUGUUUCCGGCUCAUGCGCCGCUUACCAUUACUCUCCAUGGACUGCUGCCAGAGACCGAGUACGCCUUAUCUGUAAUCGAUGACAACGAUGAAGGCGGGGUUGACCUCUGCCUUGGCUUUGUCUCAUGCAACAAGCCGCCGCCGGCCGUUCUCGAUGGUUCCGUCGACUCGCUCUGGACUACUCUUGCUGAUCGAGCGAGUCACUUUCACAUGAUCGUUCACAUAGGGGAUCAGGUCUACUGCGAUGAUGCCUUUGCCGCCGCAGAGGAUCUCAUCUCGUCCGGCGUCCACACCCGUGGUUCGCCAGAGUUUCACUCGGCUGUGGCUGACCUCUACGCUGCCGUCUACCGCACAAACUGGGCGUCCGAGGCGACGGCACGAGUGCUCGCCAACACGGGCAACAUCAUGAUCUGGGAUGAUCACGAGAUCCGCGACGACUGGGGCUCACUCCCGGAGGACAGCGAUCCGUCGUCGCUUGCCUUUGAGAUCGGCCUCAUUGCCCGCGACGUCUACCGCAGCUACCAGGGCAGUCUCGUUCACAGCCCCGGUGCUGCAGGCCACCUCGAACACGCUAUUCUCCGCAUCGGUGGUGUCGGCAUCAUCCUCGUCGACCAGCGCGGCGGGCGCUCGUUUGAGCCAGCCCUUGGCGGCGCUGGCGCUGGCGCUGGCGAGCUGCCGUACCUCUCAGCUUCGCAGUGGGCCGACAUUGACGCCGCACUUGCAUCCGGCGGUCGGCUCGGCGCGGAGGACGUUACCCGCCUUAUUGUCGCCACCUCGGUCCCGCUUGUUUACCUCAACAAGAAGCUAACCGAUGCCGCCGCCCAGGUCGAGCCGCUUGGUGAUCUCAAAGAUCACUGGGCAUACGGCGGCCACUCGGACGAGCAGCUCCGCAUGGUCAACGCGCUUCUCGACUGGAAGUACGGAUCCGGUGAUGCGUCCGAGCCGCAGCACGGUCGUGACGUUGCUGUUGUCGCUGGCGAUGUCCAUGUCGGUGUCUUCUCUACCCUCACCCGCCCAUGCGGCUCGGGCGCCAACUCCCAAACCAUGGCGCAGCUCACGGCGUCGUCGAUCACCAACGAGAAGAUGCCGGAGCCCUUGUACGCUGUUCUCCACGCCGCGCUUCACAAAAAUCUCGCCAUAAGCGUCUCUGCUGACACUGGGUGCUUCUACCGCCAUGACAAGGCUGUCCGCGACAACAACUACGGCGCCAUCACUCUCUCGCCGGCAGAUCGCAUCACACUAUCGCUCCACACGCUCUCCGGCGAGCGCCACGUCUACACCGCCGCCGAUAAGGUCUCGUCGAGCUGUUGCUGCUGCUGUGUCUCGUGA